GUUAUUCGGGACCCAGGAUAUUUACCAUCUGUAGCGGACCCUCCGGAGUAGGCCAAGCAAUGACUCACAAGGAGUUGCGGGCGAGCGGAGGGGAGAGUGUGAUCUCGGGCGCGUGGCGGGUUUUGUCAGCUGAAGCUGUGUCAUCUUUUCCCGCCGGAACGGACAAGGAGACGGAGAUGGCGGGAAGCACCAAAAUCACUGCUUCACAGACCUUCACUCCGGAGGUUAUAGAGAAGAUUGUAAAGGGCGCUGGAGGCGGAGGAGGAGAUGGUGAUGACGAUGGCGAUGAUGAGAAGAAGGGGAAAAGAAGGGGGGAUCCAAAGGAGAAACUUCCGCAGGAGACCGGGCAGGUUAGUAAAAUAAAACUCAAACUGCCGUGGACUUAUAAUGGAAAGAAGGAAGAGAGUGUUUUGCAUUGGGCAGCGAUAGUAGAAACCUACGUAUAUGGGCAACGAAUCCCAUACUGGGACAGGGUGCUAAUGGCAAGUUCAUGUAUGGGAGGUGACGCACUGAGCUUCGCCAUCUCGCUGCAAAAGGAGGCGGGAUGUAACUCGAUGGUAGAGUAUUCGCAGCAAACGCGAAUCGAAGAUUUUCUUAAAUUGGUUAGAGAAAGAUUUGAGGACAAGAAUUUGGCACGACGUACGGAAAUGCUAAUCCUCAACCUCCCUGAUAGGAAAUGGAAAAACACCUCCGCCUUGAAGGCAACUAUGGAUGAACUGUUGCAAUGCCCUGAUCAUGGAUUGACUCCUGCCCAGAUCUUAAAUAGCUUUGCACGAGCACUCCCGGAUCCCCUGAGGACACAACUCUAUCCCCGCGUCAAAGAAAAAGGAAUGACGUAUGAGAAGUUCGGCAAGAUUGCAAUAGAUCACGCCGGCUUCCUCGCUGAAGCGAACUAUUGCCAUUAUUGAAAGGAUCUGCAAGCGGAAAAGAAAUGGCAAAACCGCACGAUCU